AUGAACCCAGACUGCAGGAAGCUAUCGAAGACGAACGGUUGCGAGACGCCACCUAAAUGCGAAACGGGCAUGGAUUCCGACCAAUCAGGUCCAGCUGGACAACUUCUCUGGGACGCGUUUGUAAAGCUCCAUCUCAUGUUCGUGGCCUAUGACGACGCGCUGAGCAAAGCCGCUACCAGCAUUACCUUCUCCCUUGAUCACUUUGGGAAUAAGUUCGCGCCUAUUCCUGAGGAAGAGGAUACCAAGUGGCUUUUCGCCAUGAUUGAUCUUCUAACGUGGGGAGUAGCGACCGCUGCUGGACCCUUUUUCAACUCGGUCUUUAAGGAGCUUCCAUACUUUCGCCUGAACCCGGCCACUCAUGACAAUGUCAAGGACACGACAAUGACCUUGAUUGGACAGAGUACAACUCUGGCAAAGGACUUGUAUUCCGCUGGGAAGAUAGACUGGACAGCGGAGAAGAUGGAUUCCUUUGCCAGCUAUAUGGGGUCAGUGGUCAAAGGUUGGAGGAAACUGAACGAGAAAACGCUAUAUUGGAUAUUUAACGGCACAGAUGAGUCCAUUGAUGUGCUGUGGAGUGUUAUCUCCGACGGGAAGUUGCUCGAGUACGAGGGUGGUGGCGAGAGCACUGACGGCCAGGACCAGGAUCUCGCAACUACCAUCGAGAAGGCCUUCUAUGGAUAUACCAUUCCUAUGCUCUGGAAUAUCACCGAAAAGCAUGCGUUCGUCCUCGACUCAGGUUCCAACUGCUAUGAGGAAUAUCCCAUGAAAGAAUAUUUCUCCUCGGCCACCAUGGACGCCACCAACGCAUGCUACGACGGAAGACGUUACUACUUGGUUCAUGUCAAAGGCGACGCAGAGUCGUGUGAAUGUAAGCCUCCCAAUACAAAGUGCGAGUGCGUGAACAACAAGUUCAGCGUGCCACCGGGCCUGGAUUCUUUGGACGGCAAUGAGUUCGGAGGUAUCACGGUAUCGGAUCUGAUCAAGGGGUCCGUUCGCACAUACAACCACAAUGGAAAGAAGAACGUAUUGGCCGAAUAUGACUUGACGAGUAACGAGGAGACCUUGAGCGCCUUAUUGGAUGUCGACAUUACCACUCCAGGCAUUAUGAGACUUCCAGUGUGCAGCCCCGAGCGCGCAUUUCAGUCGUGGGACUCGACCGCCAAGGGCUCUACCACUUUCUUCCCAUGCGAUAUCCCGCCCGGCAGAGAAAGGUGCGAGAACAAGGACUCGAGCUUCGAGAACGAGACAAGCGAAAAGUCUCCAUUGAUCAAAGACUGCGAAGCCAUCAUCCGGAACAUCGAAGGGAACGGCGGUACUCAAUGGACUGUACAGGUGGUUGGAACCAACCAGAGAAAGAUUGCAGCUGCUGGUACCUGUGCAUUUGGAGUUGAGGCUACUAAGGUUGAUGGAAAUGUUAGCUUCGAGUUUGGAGGACAGGACAUGAUCAACAUUAUCACGACGGCUGUUGAGAAGUAUGGUAAGAAUGGUAAGAUUGGUGCUGUCGGCGAUCUGCACUGCAGUGGCAAUAUAAAGCAGCAGCCUGUUCACUGGGCCAUCUACCACACUUGA